UCUGCAACGGGAAAAGGCCUACAAAACGUCGCCGUCGGGCAGGGCAGCGAGUCCCACUCCCGCACAACAGGACAACCGGAGAAGCAAGGAGCCAAAGGAGAGAAUCAUGCGUUCCCCUGCCUGCCUCCGCCUCGGCCUCGCCGCCGCCCUCCCCCUCCUCCUCCUGCUCGCGCUCCGGCUGCCGGCCCCCGCCGUCGCCGGCCGCCCCCUCGUCGCCCGCGACCGCAAGCCCGCCCCGUCCGAGGCCGCGGCCACCGCCAGGUGGCUCGCCGCGCAGAACACCUGGGGCGUCCUCAGCACGAUAUCAAGUGAUCUAAGUGGCGCUCCGUUUGGCAAUGUAGUUUCAUAUAGUGAUGGAGUACCAGGUGAGAGCCAUGGAAUUCCCUACUUUUAUCUGACUACUCUGGAUCCCACUGCAAGAGAUGCGUUGGAGGAUGAAAGGACGUCCUUUACCCUUAGUGAGUUCCCUCUUGGCACUUGUGGGAAGGUUGAUCCUGAAAACCCAACAUGUGCAAAACUUACUCUUACUGGAAAGUUGAAGGUGGUUGACCAUAAGUCACCUGAAGCGGAUUUGGCCAAAACUGCACUUUUCAGCAAACACCCUGAAAUGGAGGGUUGGCCAAAGAACCAUCACUUUGAGAUCUUUAAACUGGAAAUCGAAAACAUAUUUUUGAUCGACUGGUUUGGGGGUCCUAAACCUAUAUCCCCUUCACAGUAUCUUGAUUAUGGAAGGGACCAGGGCUCAGUGAUGUCCUUGUAAGUGCGGAAUGCUGCUGAAAUGCAUAUCCUUGGCAUGUUUGCGUAUGCUUUCUGAAAGACGUCCAAACUGUACAUACUGUAAUGACCUAUACGGAUUAAAUAAACACAUAAUAUUGCCUUUGUCGACAUUUAUGUCCUCACCUCGGAGCCCGAGAGCCGCUGUCGAUGAUCGCCUCUCGCCGCAGUCGGAGAGGCUUAUGGUUUGGGCAUAGUGGGGCAGGAUGCUGUAGUGUGGCUGUCGUCAACGGCAGUGUCAUCAGUGGUUCAAAGGCGUCGUUCUAGUAGGAACUUUUAAGAUAUCAAACUCAAAGGGCAGGGUUACGGUGUAAUGGUGGUAUUCUGUUUUGACAGUGUAAAGCAACAUUUAUCACGUACUAGUAAUUGUUACAUGUUGCACCAAGAGAUGGCGUAUAAAAUCGAGUUUCUGUGAGGUAA